AUGGCGGCGAACCUGAGUCGGAAUGGCCCAUCACUCCAAGAGGCCUACAUGCAAGUGGUCUCUGAGAAGUCUCCGACCGACUGGGCUCUCUUUACUUAUGAAGGCAACAGCAAUGACAUUCGAGUGGCUGGCACUGGGGAGGGUGGCCUGGAGGAGCUGGUGGAGGAGCUGAACAGCGGGAAGGUGAUGUACGCCUUCUGUAGGGUGAAGGACCCCAACUCUGGCUUGCCCAAGUUUGUCCUCAUCAACUGGACAGGAGAGGGCGUGAACGACAUGCGGAAGGGAGCAUGUGCCAACCACGUCAGCACCAUGGCAAGCUUCCUAAAGGGAGCCCAUGUGACCAUCAAUGCCCGGGCUGAGGAAGAUGUGGAACCUGAGUCCAUCAUGGAGAAGGUCGCCAAGGCUUCAGGGGCAAACUACAACUUUCACAAGGAGAGCAGCCGCUUUCAGGAUGUGGGAGCUCAAGCCCCUGUGGGCUCUGUGUACCAAAAGACCAAUGCAGUGUCUGAGAUCAAAAGAGUUGACAAAGACAGCUUCUGGGCCAAAGCAGAGAAAGAUGAGGAGAACCGCAGACUGGAGGAGAAGCAGCGGGCAGAAGAGGAGCGACAGCGCCUAGAGCGGGAACUCCAGCACCGAGAGCAGCAGGAGGCAGCUUACCGUGAGCAGCACUAUCAGCAGCAGGAGCAGGAGGCAAGCUCCUGGAGGUGAGCCCUGCUUGCUGUAGAAGAGGUCACAAGACUGCUGGCGGAGGAGUUCACCUGUCAGCAGACUACACACCCACGGGACAUCUUCAGGCAAAAGGAGAGAGCCAUGUCUACCACUUCCAUCACCACCUCCCAGCCAGGCAAACUGAGGAGCCCCUUCCUUCAGAAACAGCUCACCCAGCCAGACUUACCUGCUACCCUGGAGCCUGUUCUUCCAUCAUUGAGGCCCAGGACAGAUUUCCUUGAGGAUCUGAUACCUGUUGCCCAUCAGCCUGCAGUGCAGGUGGAGGAGGAGACUGUCUACCAGGAGCCGCUGGAGCAUGAGAGUCUCUAUGAGGAGCCCCCACUGGUACAUCAGGAAGAUGCUGACUCUGAACAUAGCACCCGCUACGAGCAAGGGAAGGGGCUUUGCGCCCGGGCCCUGUAUGACUACCAGGCAGCUGAUGACACAGAGAUCUCCUUUGAUCCUGAGAACCUCAUCACGGGCAUUGAGGUGAUCGAUGAGGGCUGGUGGCGAGGCUAUGGGCCAGAUGGCCACUUUGGCAUGUUCCCUGCCAACUACGUGGAGCUCAUUGAGUGA